AUGGAAGAUAUUCAUUUGGAGAUAGGAGAAAAUAAUCAAUUAGAGGCAGCAGAAAAUGUUCAAUUGAGGACAGAAGAUAUUCAUUUGGAGAUAGGAGAAAAUAAUCAAUUAGAGGCAGAAGAAAAUGUUCAAUUGAGGACAGAAGAUAUUCAUUUGGAGAUAGGAGAAAAUAAUCAAUUAGAGGCAGAAGAAAAUGUUCAAUUGAGGACAGAAGAUAUUCAUUUGGAGAUAGGAGAAAAUAAUCAAUUAGAGGCAGAAGAAAAUGUUCAAUUGAGGAUGGAAGAUAUUCAUUUGGAGAUAGGAGAAAAUAAUCAAUUUGGGGCAGAAGAAAAUGUUCAAUUGAGGACAGAAGAUAUUCAUUUGGAGAUAGGAGAAAAUUAUCAAUUAGGGAGAGAAGAAAAUGUUCAAUGGAGGACAGAAGGUAUUCAUUUGGAGAUAGGAGAAAAUAAUCAAUUAGAGGCAAAAGAAAAUGUUCAAUUGAGGACAGAAGAUAUUCAUUUGGAGACAGGAGAAAAUAAGCAAUUAGACGCAAAGAAUAUGUUCAAAUGGGAACAGAAUAUUUUUAUUUGA